AUUUUAGUACCCUAGUACCGUUUCCCGCGACAUACAACAAUUUUAUUAAAUAAAACUUUUUAAAAUCAAACGUUUAUAAAAUAUUUUCUGUGAAUUUGUUUCCGGUUUUUGCAGUUAAUUCGUUGCAAUAUUUUAUCAAUGAAGUAUAUAUAUAAAAAAUUAAAGAGAUCAACAGACCUUCGAUUCAAUUUAUGCUGUUGUUUGACUGAUAUAAUUAAAUAUGAGAUUUUGUAUCAUAUUUGUUGCGUUUUUGCUAGUAGAAACUUGCAAUGAAAAUUUUUCAUAAAAUUUAUUCUCGACAAAAUUAGCUAUCAAAAUAAUCAGCGAGAUGAUCUGCUAUACACUAUUCAAAACAAAAUUGACAUUAUUGAUUACAGUCUCAUUAUUAUAAAUAGAUAUUUCGAAAGACAAAUAUUUUCUUAUUUUCGAUAAGUUAUUUUUAUUGAUUGCUUCAAGGACUAUGUAAAAUAAACUAAAACAUUGUCAGACAAUAAAUGAUUGACACCAAACAUACAAACGAACAUACGAACAGUAUAAAUCUUGCUAUACGACUAUCACAUAAGAACGCAAUAAGAUUUCAAAAGAAGCUAAAAUGAGUUAUACAUUUCUCAUUGUAUUUGUAGGUGCCAAAGAAGAAUUGGAACACCAUUCUUCGUUAAUAAAAGAGAAUAUAUUAUGCAUAGAAGGAGAGAUAGUGGAUGUUCAUUAUGUAUCAUAUGAUACACAUGAAUUAAUGGCAUAUGUAAUCUCUUCAUGCGAUAAGAAUAAAGCAAACUGUAUUGUUAUAAUUGGUCACAGUACAUUUGCCACUGAUAUUACAAUUGUAUCUUCGGCAUGUAAAAAAUCAGUGAGCAUAUUUAUAAAACUAGUUUUGAAAAACUAUUACCAGUUAUUUCAGACCUAAACAAAAAAUUACAAAUCAUUAAUCCUCAAGCUGUAUGUGGAAUACGAAAUAAGACACUUAUUCUUAAUAUGUUUGGCCAAUGUUUAAAUGCAAGCAUAUGUUUGCAAACCAUUGGAAUUAAAGAGAGCAUAUUUAAAAUAUUUAGUUCAAUACGAACUGCGCAGAAAGAGAGAGAGAAGGACGCUACUAAUAAUAAUAAAUCUCCAUGCGAUACACCUAUGAAUUCUCUGAUAAAAAUCAAGCAUAUAAUAGACGUAUAUAAAAAAACCUCACAUGCCUUAAUUUCUACAUUAGAAGCAGAAAAAAUAAUACAUAAAACGGUAAUCCAAAACAAUGAUAUUAUAGAGUUUGAAUGUGUGAGUGUGCAUAAUGCUUAUGGCAGAAUAUUAUUCGAAUAUAUAUAUUCCAAAUAUAACGUGCCAUCAUUUCGAACUUCUGCCAAACAUGGUUAUGCAAUAAAGGCAAAUGAUGGAACAAACAUAAAGAACGUACUAGAAGAAGGAACAUCCUCUAUAGAACCUGGUACAUGUGUAUUGAUAAAACCUAAAGCAUCUAUUCCCGAUGGAGCAACAGCAGUUGUACAACUCGAGUAUACAGAAAAAAUAAUAAAAGAAUGUAGAAAUAGUAAUAUUGAUGAUAUUGAGGAAGAAAUAAAAAUAAGAAUUCAACCAAAAGAAGGAGAAAAUAUUAGACCUAUUGGUUUUGAGAUAAAAAAAGGAGAACGCAUUUUGGAGAAAUAUUCACGUAUUGGACCAGCAGAAAUAGGACUUUUGUCAUAUUGUGGUAUCACUGAAGUUAUAGUCAUUAAGCAAAAACUCGUUGGUAUAUUAUCUAUUGGAGAUGAAUUAGAAGAACCUGGGGAAAUUUUAGGAUUAAAUUAUAACUAUGACAGUAGCGGACUAAUUUUAAUCACAUUAUUAAAACAGCAAGAUUUCGAUAUUUUAGAUUUCGGAAUUACAAAUGAUAAUGUGGAAAGCAUAAUAUCCAAAAUCGAGACAGCUUUAGAAAAAGUAGAUGUACUUGUGAUAAUAGGCUCUGCGAAUGAUAGAGAUUUAUUAAAGCCCGUUUUACAAGGAUAUUUUAAUGCCACUAUACAUUUUGGUGGCGUAAAUAUGUCACCAGGAAAAUCAACAACAUAUGCAACGUGCACGUUCAAAGACACAAAGAAAUAUUUUUUAUGUUUCUCAAGAAAUCCGACAAUCGUUCCCAUUGUUACACAUUUAUUUCUUUUACCUCUUCUGAACAAUUUACGCUGCUUUGAGAAAUCAUCGCCUUUAGUGCAAGCUCGCGUACAAACAUCGCCCAUUCUUCAUUCGCGUCCUAAAUAUAUUUGGACAUCUUUAAAAUGGAACAAUAAGGAUAAAUACGCAAGGAUUUACGACACGGCAAAUUAUAAUCAUAAUGCGAAUGCACUUUUAAGAUUGCCACCGCGUACAGUGGAAGAGUCAAAAUUACCUGACUCAUAUAUAACAGCAGUAUUUCAUGGUUCAAAUUAAUUUUUCCAAAAUAUUUUUCAUCGAAUUCCAAUGAGUUUGCGUAUAUUUUUACAUAUCAAAAUAUUUGUAUCUUUGAAAACUUGUAUAAAAUAAUUAUUGUGUAAAAAGAACUAGUACACAUCUUUUACAAAAAAUUGAAUAUAUAUAUCUAUA